AUGCGAAAUUUUUUGGGCGAUGUUGUAAUUUGCAUAUUGCUACUACUUUCAGUGAGCCUUAUAUUUGGAGCUAGUGAAAUUAUUAAAUCUCUUGUGAAUACUGGAGAAAAUUUUGUAAAAACAUCCUCCUAUAAUUGGAUUAUCAAAUUAUGUUUAAAUUUAUUGAGUUAUGCUACUGUAUUAUUGCCAGGUUGCCUCAUAUACAAAUAUGUGCGUCAUACCAAGUAUAUUCAAAGAGGAGGCAAAGGGUGCAUACCCAAAUUAGUACAUUUAUGCUUCGUGGGUCAUUGUGAAACAGGACUAUUGGAUUCUUCUUCUUAUACAUCCACGCCAUCAAAUCAUAGCCAACGUACUUUUACACAAGAUGCUUUAUUACUUCUAUAUUGUGCUUUUGGACUACAAGUUAGUUAUUUAACAUGGGGUUACUUACAAGAGAAGAUAAUGACUCAGGAAUAUGAAGAUAUUGCUGGCAACAAGGAUCGUUUUCAAGAUUCACAAUUUUUAGUGUUUGUAAAUCGGAUCCUUGCAUUCUUAAUGUCAGGAUUAUAUUUAAUAAUUCAAAGGCAACCACAACAUAAAGCACCUCUCUACAAGUAUGCAUUUUGUUCUUUAUCAAACAUUAUGAGCAGUUGGUGUCAAUAUGAAGCUUUGAAGUAUGUCAGUUUCCCAACACAGGUAUUGGCAAAAGCAUCAAAAAUAAUUCCAGUAAUGAUAAUGGGAAAAAUAAUUUCACAUACCACGUAUGAAUAUUACGAAUAUGUUACAGCUGUACUGAUAUCUAUUGGAAUGACAUUGUUUAUGUUAGAUAGCUCGGAUUAUAAAAACGAUGGAGCUACUACUGUGUCUGGUAUUAUUCUCUUAGGGGGCUAUUUAUUAUUAGAUAGUUUUACAAGUACCUGGCAAAAUGCAUUAUUUGUAGAGUAUGGCGCAACGAGUGUGCAAAUGAUGUGUGUAGUUAAUAUGUUUUCUUGUUUAUUAACCGCGAUGUCCUUAUUUCAACAAUCAAGUUUUCCUCUUAUAUUUUCUUUCAUGACAAAGUACCCUAGAUUUAUUGUGGAUUGUUCACUUAUAUCAGUUUGUUCUGCAAGUGGUCAGUUGUACAUUUUUUACACAAUUUCUAAAUUUGGUCCAGUGACAUUUGUCAUCAUGAUGACAAUACGACAGGGUUUAGCUAUAUUAUUAUCCUGUUUAAUAUAUCAUCAUAAAGUGACAGUUAUUGGUAUCAUUGGUAUAUUACUAGUAUUUGGUUCAGUAUUCUUAAGAAUAUAUUGUAAUAAUCGAUUGCGUGCAAUAAGAAGACGUAGGGCUGCGGCAAAUAGUAUAAAAGAUUGA